UAUUAUUUUCUUUUUGGAGAUAGAAUCAUGGCAUUUCCACCGGGAUUUAGAAUGAUUGCCGGUAAUGCUAGUAAGCAAAAUGACUUUAUUCCCCCUUCAGACAUACCACAAUCUCUGUGGGGUCCAGAAGAGAAAACACCAAAAGCACUCGCUGAAAAAGCUAUUGGGUUCAAUUGUUUAAAUUACAGUGGCGCUGCUGAGGGGUCUUUAACUCGCCAUCUACUUCCAAAUAAGUCUUUCAUUGAUUCAAACUGCGCUGAUGGCAUUCGCCUUGAGCUGAUGUUUCCAUCAUGUUGGGAUGGCAUUUCUCUUGAUUCCAACGACCAUGAGUCUCACGUUGCCUAUCCAGAUCUUGUUAUGGAGGGCACAUGUCCUGCAGAUUACCAGACUAGGAUCCCAGCCCUAUUCUUUGAAAUGAUUUGGGACACUUCUGUGUUCCGUAACGUCUCUGGGCGAUUCCUACUUAGUAAUGGCGACCAAGCAGGUUCUAGCUACCACGGCGACUUUCAGAAUGGUUGGAACAUAGCUAAAUUGCAGCAUGCAAUUGGUAGUUGCACAAAUUCAUCGGGCCUAAUUGAAGAUUGUCCAUUCUUUUCUCUACAAUCACCAUCACAAGCAAGCCAAUGCAAUCUGCUACCGCCAGCAGAAGUUGCUAAUGAAAGCUGUACUGAACCCCGGUCAGGUCUUUGCGGUAAUAUUACUUUGUAG